AUGCGCACUUAUCUUUGGUUAGCAGUGCUCCUGGCGGUGGCCACCACCACCUGCUUCAAGGCCAAGCCGCUGGUCUCCUUCGGUGUCAGCUAUCAGCAGCCCUACGUGGGACCCCAGCCGGGACCCUAUUACUACGGAGGAGGAGUACCCUACUACCAGAACUACCACAACAGCCCGGGACCCUACGGCUACCCCUAUCCGUAUGCCAAUCGCUAUGGCGCCCUCGAUCUCGGAAUCGGCGCCCUGUCGCUGUCCUCAUUCCUCCUUUGA